AUGUCGAAGGCUCGAGGCGCCGCCGGUGGCGUCGACCAGAUCGUCAAGCUCAUCGUCGGAGCUGGCCAGGCCAGCCCCAGUCCGCCUGUUGGUCCGGCGCUGGGCAGUAAGGGUAUCAAGUCGAUGGACUUUUGCAAGGAGUUCAAUGCGAGGACAGCACACAUCAACCCGGGCACCCCUAUGCCCGUCCGGGUGACCGUUCGACCGGACAGGACAUUCCACUUCGACGUCCGCACCCCUCAUACCUCCUGGCUCCUGCUCAACGCUGCAGAAGUCCCCCUAGGGAAGAAAGGCAAGCGGAAAGGAGCGAGCAACCCGGGCACCGAGACGGUCGGGACCGUCUCGCUGAAGCACAUCUACGAGAUCGCCAAAAUCAAGCAGUCCGAGCUCCGGCUCUCCGGUCUCCCGCUGCAGGGUCUCUGCCGGUCCAUCAUCUACCAAGCAAAGUCCAUUGGCCUUGCGGUAGUUGCAUAA